AUAUCGAUAGGUGGCAUUUUCCAUCCAGUGCACGCACGGCCACACUGUUCGGCAAAGUUAAAAUUUACGAAAUUACGAAAAAAUAGAAACCAUCUAUAUUUACAAUCUCCUAUGUGUACCAAUAGUAAAAAUAUAUGUGUUUGUUGUUAACUAUAUGUAUAUAUAAGGAAAGAUUUGUGGAAUAUUGAAAGAAAGCCCUACAAGUCGUGCGAACAGUAUAUUUGUAUAUCAAUAAUAUAAACAGAAUGUUGACAAUUUUUUGAUACAGUAUAUUCGUAAUGAUUCAGCAAGGCGUUGUUUCAGUUUCGUGAAGUCGCUUCGUUAAGAAUUUAGAGUUAAUCACUACCUCAAAGAAUCAAAGAUGAUUGGGCCCAGUUCACAGAUCAGCAAGAUCCUGCUAACGCUGCUCUUCCUGCUGAUCAUAUUCUACAUUUUCAUGGACGUUGAACUCUAUCUGCGGAUCCACAACUACACUAUCGAACGAAACUACCACACCAAUGUCUCUACUAGCUCCGUCAGCGCCCAGUCGACGUCGGAAUCUGGCAGCAGCACGAAACUACCCACCGCCGAGAAGCAGCCGUCCUACGAGGAUCACACCUGGAUAUCCUGUGAUAUAAAUCCCCUCUGUCAUGUCACGGUCAAAGCCAUACUGUUGGACCACACCAAUCAUUAUCUAUUUGCUCCGCUGGCCACGAUAUUCGACAAUGUGAUCGGUUUUUCGCGCUCCACCUUCAUCACACCCAACAUGAUAUCGUUCUUUCACGUGGGUGUGGCUUGUUUGGCGGGCAAAUUGGUGGCCUCCGACAGUCUCGGCUACCGCCGACUGGGAGUGCUCCUGUUCCAGAUACGCACCUUCCUGGACGACUUGGACGGGCAUGUGGCACGAGUCCGGAAGCACAUCCGUGGUGAACGCUCCGAGAUCGGUACUUCGGGUUACUAUGUAGACGGCUUGUGCGAUGGCCUGGGAUGUAUAGCCCUGCUGCUUGGUAUAUUUUUUUACCUGAAGAACAAUCCCCCCCGAAGAGGCUACUCUAUCAUACCUAUGAGCGACACCAAGCUACCGGAACCAACGAUGAUACCCAAGAUGAAGGCCACAACACGCAAAGUGGCCAAGAACGUGAUCAGCUUCACAGGGCAACUACUCCUCAGCUCGACGGCGUGGAAUCGCUACAUAGCCGUCUACCAGAACAUGCUGGAGCGGGAAGAUGUUAGCACAGGGCAGUCGCACUGCCAGGACUACGUCUUCAAGUCCAGCUGGUUCUUCUGCGUGGCGUGGAUGUGGCGGAUCGUCAAUGUCCAUGCGUUGCUCCACUGUGUGCUCCUAAGCAUAUUCUGCGACAAACUGUGGGACUUCCUGCGCGCGAUCAGAUAUAGCGGGUAUAUCAUCUUGUUAGUGGCUAUUUGUAUAACUGAAAUGCACAUUCUGGAGGCACAGAACUACAUUUUUAACUCUACGGCGUGCAGUAAUAUUUCACUGUGAUUUUACUAAUAUUACGAUAAAAUACAAUAAUAUUUGUGUAGUGCAAA